GAGUCUGAGCACGUGACGAUACCAGGGUAGGGCGUUAACGAAGCGCGUGUAUUGUGUUUCUAAAAGUGCUCUGUGUUUGCGCGUGGCGCCGCGCAGCAGGCGCUGGUGGAGAGGGAACGCGAGGAAGCCGAGGAGGAGGAGCACGAGCGCGAGGAGGAGGCGGAGGAGGAGGAGGAGCGCGAGGACGAGUACCUGGACCUGCUGCAGGGCCUCUGGCGCAAGUACCGCCAGGUCAACCCCGACGUGCGCCGCAUUGAGGACCUGAGCCCCGAGGACUUGCAGGAGCUGCUCGCGGGGAUAGCGGACGCGGACGUGGACGAGCAGGUGGUGGCGCGCGACGGCCCGGCCAAGCGGCAGUACGGCGGCUUCGACUACUUCAACAACGCGGGCGCGCUGGGCGGGUGGCAGGCGGGCGGCAUGUACCGCAAGCGCGGCAAGCAGCGCCUGGAGCAGACGGGCGGCGCCGGCGCCGGCGCGGGCUUCCUGUACGCGCUCAAGUUCGCGUCGCCCGCGGCGCAGCGCGACGCUCUGGAGGCGCUGGCGGACGACGACGACGCAGAGGCCGGCGGCGAGCGCGACGAGGACGCGGCGCGCCUCGCGGCCGCCGCAGCCGCCGCGCCCGUCGGUGAGCAGCCUUGUAGCGGGCGGGCGGUGGCCUUCGGUCCCGGCGGU